UCGGUUAAAAAAUUCGGGAACAAAAGUAUUUCUAACGAUUUCAAUUCAAAUUAUAAUUAAACGAAACACCAACGACUGUUGCUUGUGAAAUAGUUAUUUGCUCUAAAUCUUAUAAUUAUUGAAGUCACUAAUAGCGUUUACGUUUUAUCUCCUGUUUUUUUAUAAGACAUGGCUGAAUCCCUGUUUGAUAUAUUCGGUGAUCAUAUCACCAGGCAAACAAACAAAAACAUACUUCGCCAACCUCUUUCAAACAACGAGAACAUAGGAAAAACUGUAUCAAAUGGACCGUACAAACCUAAUGAACCCGUCAAAAAAGUUGGAGAAACUAAAAAAUCAUUUUUAUUAAACUCUGGUAAAGCCGUUCAAAGUACACCGGUGCGAAAGCCAUUGUCACCAAAAGCUGUAAACGUUGGGGCAAUGAUCUACACAGAUGAUAACAACGAAAGUGGAAUAGACUUUUCAUAUGAAGAAUUAGAGUUCACUAAGCCAUCAUAUAACUAUGAUAACUUCCAUAAGGAUAUGUUUGACUAUCUACCUCUGCCCAAUGUAGAGGUAGUGCAUCAUAUAUCCCCUCCUUCUACCCCACCACCAAACAUGAGGCGAUAUUCCAUGGAACUGGACUGUUCAUAUCAGGAUGAGUUCUUUACAGAUGACUUCUCAUGUGGUAGUAUCCCUGAUAAUGAUGAUCUUGGUUUACCAGAACUGUACUAGUUAUUAUUAGUAAUUUCCCUAAUGAAACAUCAGGACAUGCUGGCAAAAUUCCUUGGAAAAUCUUCACAUGAGAUAUUUCAAAGACAUUUAAUUCCGCCUAGUUAUGGUUUGCAGUGAAAUAAAUUUGAUUUGUAUAAAUUGAA